AUAUUUUCGACAGAAUCAAACUAAUUACUUAGAACUUUCUGAACAUUACAUAUCAAUGGCCGAGUCUACACCAAAAUCCGAAGAGGUAAAUGGAGAAAAUCCAUCGAGUGAACCAUCUAAUGCUUCUGCGAAUAAAAACAGCCAAUUUGAAUGCAAUAUAUGUUUAGAUGAAGCUAAUGAUGCUGUCAUUAGUUUAUGUGGACACUUAUUCUGUUGGCCAUGUCUUCUUCAAUGGUUGGAAACAAGACCACAUCGACAGGAAUGCCCAGUAUGCAAAGCUGGAAUCGAUAGAGACAAAGUUAUUCCUCUUUACGGGGAGGGUAGCACCAAGCAGGAAGAUCCACGGAAUAAGAUUCCUAAAAGGCCACAAGCUCAGAGACCAGAGCCAGAAAAUAGGAAUGGAUUUCACGGAUUUAAUUUUGGUGAUGGCGGAUUUCAGAUGUCAUUCGGUAUUGGUGCUUUUCCCUUUGGACUUUUCGGAACGUUUUUUAACAUAAAUGACGGCCGACCCCCUCCGAGGCCAGAUAACCCUAAUUAUCAAGAUGAACAAAUGCUGUCGAGAAUCUUCCUUGGAAUUGCUUGUAUAUUAAUGUUCUGGUUAUUAUAUGCAUGAGAUUGUGAUUGUCAGUUUAAUCGUAAUUAAUUUAUAACGAUAAGUCUGGGAAAAAACGACCGCACUUUUUUAAAUAUUUUGAAGAAUUUUAUGUGAAACUAGAAUAAUUGUAAAGGACAUUCAUUUAUUAAAAUCUGAGAACUUUAUAAUUAUUUACGUAAUAAUAAUAGCUAUGCAUUAUGUGAAAUAAAAAAUGAAAAUAGAAGUCGAGUAAUUGAAAAUAUUGACAUAUUGAUAAGAGUUGCUUCAUACAAUGAUAACAUACACUAGGGUUAACUAGCUCCAACUGAGAAUCUGAUAUUAAAAGUAGGCAGUGUCUUGCAUGGUGUAUAGCGCUUCAUAGUCGUCACUUGGCGUAAAUUAUUUUUUAACUACCGUAGUUACAGUGGGGUUCGAUUUUUAUUAAUGUACAUAGCUGAUACGAAAUAUGUUGUUUAUUACCUUGUGCUUUUUUGUUAUUGAUUGUUAAUUAAGUCAAACACAUUUUUCGAUCAACUUUGCAUUGAACAGCAAAUCUUUAUUUUUGGAUUUG